AUGCAAUGCAACAAACCCGCCGUGCGCGUCCUUGGUGACUGCGUGAUUUGCGGGAACCAUUUCUGCGUUGAACAUCUCCAGGAACCUUUCCAUGCUUGCCCCUCCCUCAAGGAUGGUGAUCUCUACUAUCAGCGGCUUACUGAGGCAGAGGAUAACGAGCUUGCGCAGUUACUCCGCCGAAUCGACUUUGAGCAACUCGGAGCAAGAGCAAGUUCCGUACGCAACGGAAUUCCGUGUCGAGUCGAAAUGCCUUUGAACGGAAGAGAUACAAGGUAUCUCAUGAUGGGAGGUAUGAACCUUCACGUGAGAAUUAUCUUCGAAGACAAGAUUACUUGGAUAGCCCGUAUCCGUCGGUCCAAUGCGACAUCGCCGCCACCACAAUUACGAGAUCGCAUUCUUAAGAGUGAGAUUCAGACGCUGCUUUUCCUCGAGAAAACCAACAUACCCACACCGAAGGUAUGGGGCUAUGCUCUAGAGGGACAAGAGAACCCUGUUGGAGUCGGCUACAUACUCAUGGACUGUAUGCCAGGCAAGGUCCUCGAUUGGUCUUCAGCAUCCCAGGAAAGAAAGAGGAAGAUCAUCGCACAGCUUGCGGAUAUCUACAUCGAGCUGCGCAAACAUUCAUUCUCGAUGAUCGGUGCCAUAGAGCAGGCCGACGAGAAACGUGUGGGUCCCCUUGCUCGAGAAUGCCUGACUGAUUUUGCAAGCUCCGACAUCAGGCCCCUAGGCCCCUUCGCAAAUCUGCAAGACUAUUACAGAGCCUCGAUUGGACUACUGCUAGAUCUCAUCCAUCGCGAAGAGAUUUACACGGAUAGCCCAACAGACAUGUACUUGCUCUAUAGAGACCUGUACGAGAUUGUGCCAGAAUUAUACCCUGAGACGGCAGCGGCUCAUGUGGAGACAUAUCUGAAGCACGCCGACGACAAAGGAAGCCACGUUCUUGUUGAUGAUGAAAUGAACAUUACCGGAGUCAUCGACUGGGAAUGGGCUUAUACAACAGCGGAGCGCGUGGCAUUCAUUUCUCCAAUGCUGCUUCUCCCUGUUUCAGACUUCUUCAAGGGACAAGGCGUGAUUGGUGAGGAAGAAGAGCUGUUCGCCAAGUGCUUAGAAGAAAAAGGCGUCGAAGAUAUGGCGAAGUUUUUGUUGAUCAGCGCAAAAACAGAUUUUGAUGUUCCUCGAAAGCCGACAAAGUCGACAAAUUCGACGAUUAUCGCCAAGCUGCGCGUGCACCGGCCGCUCAUGCAGGCAUCUUAUCAGUCCGCGCCUCGCAUUUCCUCUUCUAGCUUAUUGCCUAAAGCUAGCAGGAGGCAGGAGGGCCCGCCAGCCUUGGCGGCCGUCACAUUGACACUUGGCAUCCGCGAGUCCACGCCCUUAACACUAGCCAGAUUGGAACCGAAUCAUCACACAGAGAACUUCUCUGCAUUCAUGGCGAACAUCCUCCAGCUAGGAAAACGCAGCUGGCUCGCGUGUAUGCGAAUCCGGAGCUCCGUCGGAUUCAUCACACUGACCGUCUCACUCGCCGUUUUCACUGAUAUCUUCCUCUACGGUGUGCUAAUACCAGUCAUUCCCUUCGUCCUGACAUCCAGGAUUGGUCUGGAAGAAACGGAAGUUCAGAAAUGGGCAUCUGUCUCAUUGGCUGUCUACGGCGCUGCCAUGUUCUGCGCAUCGCCAAUUUGCGGAUGGGCUACAGACCAUGUCCGCUCACGUCGCACUUUCCUGCUUGUCGGCUUGGUUGCACUAGGUGCAGCUACGUCGUUACUGCUUGUCGCAAGGAGUCUGACUCUUAUCAUCAUUGCCAGGGCUUUGCAAGGCAUCAGUGCUGCAGUAGUCUGGGUCGCGGGGCCCGCGCUUCUAGCGGACAGUGUUGAUCCUGACCAGAUCGGUUACUUCAUGGGUUUCAUAGGAGACUCAAUGGGACUGGCGAUUAUUGCAGCGCCGGCGGUAGGAGGAGUAAUCUUUGAGAGGAUUGGGUACAACGCGUUGUUCUACGUCUGCCUCGGUCUGAUAGGUCUCGAUGUGCUGUCUCGUCUGUUGGUCAUUGAAAAGGAGCGAGCUCGAGAAAUCGAUGUUCAACACGGUAGAGACGAGCCUGAUGUCGUGUACGGAAGCGAAAUCACCGCUGCGAAGCAAGAGAAGCCAUCGCUAUCACCAGUACAGAAGCUCGCAUACGACAAGAAAGCUUCUGCGGUAUCCACGAUCUCGGAUGAGGAUGCUUGUGGGACUGUGACGGAUACAAACGACUGGAGAGGUCAUUUAGGGCCCUUACUCGCCCUUGUGCGCUCAUCCCGCUUGGCUGCCGAUCUUUUGGGCUGUUUGGUUCAGGCUACACUUUUCACCUCGUUCGAAUCCAUCCUCCCACUCCAGAUGCACGAAACUUUCCGAUGGGGAUCACUUGAGGUCGGUUUGAUCUUCCUCCCCUUGACCUUACCCUCUCUCACAUCCCCUCUAAUCGGCUGGUUGACCGACCGUUAUCAUGCCAGGUGGCCUUGCAUCAUAGGUUUCACUCUCGCAGCACUAUCACUUUUCUCGCUCCGUUUCGUGAUAAACGACACAACGAGAGACAAAGUUCUGCUUUGCUCUCUGGUCGCCAGCGUCGGCCUAGCACUGACACUUGUCCUCAUACCAUUGAUGGCAGAUAUCAUCCUCACUGUCAACGAAUUAGAGGCAAAAGGACAGCUAGGACCCUGCACAGGUGGUGCAUAUGGCCAGGCAUAUGCCUUGUUCAACAUGUCGUACGCAGCUGGAUCGGCCGCAGGACCCCUUCUGGCUGGUAUGGUGAGAGCACGUAUGGGCUGGGGAGCUACCACGUUGAUCCUCUGUUGUCUAAGUGGGGCAAGUAUCAUACCCAUGGCAUUUUGGGCGGGUGCUUCUAGACCCUUGGAAGUCGAGAAAUCCGAGAGCGCUGCCUAA